UGUGCGCCUCCUCCUUCUCGCAGUCUGCCAUUUUUCAACUAGCUUCUGGUUGGAUAAGUCUGGUGCGUCUGAUGGAUCUCCACCAGUUCCACUUGUCGACAGUCGACAGAGUUGCACCACGAGAAACAGUCCUUGCUACGUUUCCCAAUUCCAAAUGGCAACGAGAUGCUUGGUGACUGAUGCAAGAUACGGAUUUUUAAAGCAAUUAGGUAUUACCCUCGAAAAUCCUGGCCUUUAUGACGGAAGAUGGGGUGGCUCUGGCAAGUUGAUAGAAUCGAUAUCACCAGCGACCGGCAAGGUGAUUGCAAAGAUCCGGGAAUCGACACCGCAAGAGGCUAGUAAUGCCAUCACGGAAGCGCGUAAAGCAUGGCCACAAUGGACAUCUAUUCCGAUGCCAGCGAGAGGAGAUAUUGUCCGGCAAAUAGGGGAUGAACUCAGAAAAAAUUUGAAGCCGCUAGGCUGCUUGGUAUCCUUGGAAAUGGGAAAGAUAUUACCAGAAAGUAUAGGCGAGAUUCAGGAAUUCAUCGAUAUAUGCGAUUACGCGGUCGGAUUAUCGCGAAUGCUACCCGGCAGCCUAUUCCCCUCAGAGAGAAAGAAUCACGUACUCCUAGAAAAGUGGAAUUCUCUGGGUGUGAUCGGCAUUAUCUCCGCGUUCAAUUUCCCUGUAGCGGUGUACGGCUGGAAUAGCGCUAUCGCCAUGGUCUGCGGUAACACUAUCGUUUGGAAAGGAGCGCCGAGCACAUCUCUGGUGUCCAUCGCAACUACCAAAAUAAUCGCAAAUGUCUUAGAGCGCAAUGGUAUCCCGGGUUCCGUUGCAUCGCUGAUCACGGGUGGAUCAGAUGUCGGGGAGACUCUAGUGAACGAUAAACGGGUACCUCUUAUUUCGUUUACUGGAAGUUCGAACGUAGGAAAACAAGUGGCACUCAAUGUUCAACAGAGAUUUGGAAGAUCUCUGCUAGAGCUUGGCGGUAACAAUGCGUUGAUCAUUGCACAAGAUGCGGAUUUAGAGAUGGCAGUGAGAGCGGCAGUCUUCUCAUGCGUUGGAACAGCUGGACAAAGAUGUACCGCAACCAGGAGAUUAAUAUUGCACAAAAAAAUAAAGAACGAAUUCUUAGGAAGAUUAAAAACGGCAUACAAAAGUAUACUAGAAAAAGUUGGAGAUCCGUUGGAGGACGGUGUGCUGUACGGACCGUUGUAUAAUCAACAAGCAGUCGACAAAUACAAGACAGUAAUUGAAAAAGUUGUGAAAGCCGGUGGCACGAUAGAAUUCGGUGGAAAGCAAAUAGAACGACCCGGUUUCUACGUCGAGCCGACGAUCAUUACAGGUCUACCGCCCGAAUCGGAGAUGGUGCAGCAAGAAACUUUUGCCCCGAUCGUUUACAUCUUGGAGGCGAAUUCCCUAGAGGAGGCUAUUGAUCUUAACAAUGGUGUGGAGCAGGGAUUGAGCAGUAGUCUCUUUACUAAAAACAUCGGAAAUGUAUUUCAGUGGAUCGGCCCUCAUGGAUCAGAUUGUGGCAUAGUUAACAUCAACAUAGGCACUAGCGGUGCCGAGAUAGGUGGUGCAUUUGGCGGCGAGAAGGCUACGGGCGGUGGUCGCGAGAGCGGAAGUGACGCAUGGAAGCAAUACAUGCGACGCGCGACGGUCACGAUCAAUCACGGAAACGAACUUCCUCUGGCUCAGGGCAUCAAGUUUGAAUAA